AUGUAUUCAAGUAGUCAUCAGCAACCAACGACAUUAUCAGAAAAGCCUUCCAAUCCCAUCAGCGGAGGAGACUCCUCGGGCGCAUCGGCACCAGCACAACAACCAGCAUCUUCGGGAUUAAAGCAUUCCACUCUGAAGGAAUUGGAGAUGGAAUUUAGCUUGUUGAGAGUGCCUCUGGAGAUGGCCAAUCGAGAAUUUAGAUCUUCUCAAAAAUCCGUUGAGAAGGAUCUUGGGAUUUUAGAGAAGGCUGUUCGUGAGAUGAUUCAAAAAGCAACAAAACAAAAUGUUUCUGCACAGGACCAAUCUAUUUUUCUUGAUAAAGUGGUAACAAAAUUGCGUGGAGUGAAACGAAAGCUUGAAGAAACCGAUGUAUUGGAAACAAAUUAUUUGAAUAAUUGUAGGGAACGUUUGGAUCAUUUGGAGCAGUAUCCGGUCAUUACAGGAGCAGUUUCCCGACGAAAAUCAAUCUCUAACAUUACAGAGCAUGAAUAUCAAUUAUUGACGGGGUGGAGAAGAACUCGAGUGAAUCGAGUCGUUGUGGAUUAUUUGCUACGAUUUGGACACUAUGAGACUGCUCUUGCCCUCUCAGAGAGAGAACAUAUCAAACAUUUGGUAGAUAUUGAGGUUUUUUCUCGUGUCAAACAUGUAAUAGAGUCGUUGAUGAAAAAAGAGUGCUCGGAGGCACUCAAAUGGUGCUCUGAGAACAGAUCAAGGUUGAGAAAAAUUUCUAGCAAUUUGGAGUUCAAUUUACGAAUUCAAGAAUUUAUUGAACUUUCCAAGAAGGAUAAAAAAGUUGAAGCCAUCGUUCAUGCACGAAAAUACUUGACAUCUUCUCAGAAUGACGCUAAAAAAAACACAGAAGAGGAACCUGUUUCACUCACACCCGAACAAACAAACAUGGUCAAGAAAGUAAUGGCAUCUCUUGUAUUUGGACCUUCUACUCCCAUUCCCGGUUACAAGGAACUCUACGAAGACUCGAGAUGGAAUGAAUUAAUUGAACAGUUUAAAGCUGACAAUUACCAGUUGCAUGGACUCACCCGUGAACCCACUCUAUUCAUGCUUCUUCGUGCUGGAUUAUCUGCUCUCAAGACACCACAUUCCUAUGAAGAAUCUUCCAUCAAUAUUAAUGAUCCUCUCUCGAAUGAACUUUUUAGGGAAAUUGCUAAGGACUUACCAUUCGCUCAUCACCAUCAUUCAAAACUCGUUUGUAGAAUUACUGGAGACAUUAUGGAUGAUAAUAACCCACCAAUGGUGUUGCCCAAUCAAAACGUUUAUAGUUUGAAGGGCCUUGAGGAAUUGGCAAAAAAGAAUAAUGGACUAAUUGUUGAUCCAAGAGGAGGACAAACGUAUACUUUGAGUGAUGCUAAAAAGCUCUUCAUUAUGUAA